CAGAGUUGCAUGCCUUUUUCUGGACCAAUUUCUUGCAAAGGUUAAAAUUCUGAUUAUUAUUCGGAAUGUUCAGGCAAAGCUAGUGCCAGCAGCUUCGAAGAGUACAUUUUAGAGCUGUAAAACCAAAAGUGCAAAUACAAAGUUACAUUAACAUCACCCAGCCUCAUCCUUAACGCCAAUCAUCUGUUGCCUCCCCCCCCUUUGCUUUGUUUGCCACUGCAGAGAAGGAGAACAGACAGUUUUACAAGGGCUUUCAGAAAAGUUUCAUUAAGAAAACUGAAAUACGUAAUCAAAAGUUGCAUUAUAACACAGCAAUUAGCCGGAGUCUUUUAAUUGUUAGUAGUUCCAACAUUCUAGCCUAAAGUGUAUUGGAAGACAUCUAUGAUCUGCAGCUAAAUCAUUCGUCUGCUUUAUUGUAACCAGACACUUUCACUUCAUCGAGAAAGUGAGCUUCAAGACAAGCGGGGCGUUGUGAUAUUCUACGCAAAGCGACGAACAGUCCGUCUUCAACUCUCUCGAAAUGCCAAAUAUGUAUCGUGAGGCGACGCAUGCUGGUAGCUGGUAUACGGUUUCAGGAGCGGAAUUAAACCGCCAGCUUAAUGGUUGGUUGAACGAUGCAGAUCUAACGUUUGGUCCCGCCCGUGCCAUUAUCGCUCCGCACGCCGGAUACCGUUAUUGCGGUGCCUGUGGUGCUUGGGCUUAUCGACAGAUUAGUCCCGCCGUGGUGAAACGUGUGUUCAUUUUGGGCCCUUCGCAUCAUGUGCGAUUGUCCCGAUGCGCUCUAUCGGCCGCUCAAUACUGCCGUACGCCUUUGUACGAUCUGAAGGUGGAUCAAGAAAUCAACAAACAGCUAGAAGCUACCGGCCAUUUCAAGUGGAUGGACCAAAAAACGGACGAAGAUGAGCACAGUAUCGAAAUGCAUCUUCCGUAUGUGGCAAAGGUGAUGGAAGAGUACAGCGAUCAGUUUACUAUCGUCCCGGUGAUGGUCGGAUCAAUUAGCAACGAAUGGGAGGAAACAUAUGGAAAAAUAUUUGCACCAUACCUUGCAGAUCCUCAGAAUCUGUUCGUCAUUUCGUCCGAUUUUUGUCACUGGGGCCAACGGUUUCGUUACACGUAUUACGAGGAAGGGUCCGGUCCCAUCUACAAAUGGAUCGAAACGCUGGAUAAGAUGGGCAUGGAUUUGAUAGAAACCCUCAAAGCAGACAGCUUUAGUGAAUACCUGCGCAAGUACAACAAUACGAUUUGCGGACGUCAUCCGAUCGGUGUACUGAUGCAAUCCGUCGAAGAACUGAAACGCCGUGGUCACCGGAUGAGCUUCAAAUUCCUCAAAUAUGACCAAAGCAAUCAGUGCUGUGAUAAGAAAGACUCCAGCGUAAGCUACGCCUCCGGUUCGCUGAUAUUUGAGUGAGCCGCUUACAAUCAUCUCGUAUCGUAAAGGCGAUGAAUGAACGUGCUAAUCCCUCGAGUGCGUUUCACUGCUUCUUAUGUGUCACAUGUGCCACGGUAAUGCAAUAUGAAUUCGCUACCUGUUCGGCCACAAUGCACGUUUCAUUCGAUUUUUUGAGUGUGUUUUUUCUCUUUUGAAUUCGUUUUAUAGCACUAUAAAUGGCAUACUUUCAUUUGUUUCUCAUUUAAAAUUGUAAUGUUAAGCUACAUGAUUUUAUUGAUAAAGAAAACGAACAAAAUAUGUUUCAUCGCUAAAUUUGGAACCCGAAAAUGUAUUGAGAUUCGCUGUUAGCGAAAUUUCAUUUUGUGCACUUCACUGUGCAAUUCAAACUAAUUUACACAAAAGGAAGGGAGUACUGAUUUCUAUGCUUUAAAGGUCAUCAGGAUUACGAGAAAAAAUUAUGCAAAGGUAAAAAUUAACCGUUAAAAGGGGUAGCUUAAGUUCUGAUGAAAUGCAAUUUUUACUACAAUAUUGUCCUGCAAUUGCUAUGUAGCGUUUAACAACAAAGUAUGAAAUAAAAAUGUGUCUA